CCCACCUGCCAUUUCUAUAAACUAAAGCUUCUUACAGUCAUGGAGAAGAAAAGAACUUGCUCAAUCCUAUGCAUAAUGAUGUUAUUGUAUAGUUUCUUUGCAAGCUUAGUCGAAGGUGUAACAAACCUGGCCACUGAUCAAGAUGGUCUUCUUGCCCUCAAACUUCGUCUUAUUCGUGACCCAAAUAAUCUAUUGGCAACCAACUGGUCGACUACUACCUCCGUAUGCACUUGGGUAGGUGUUACUUGUGGAGCUCGUCAUGGUAGAGUUGCGGCUUUAGAUCUUUCCGACAUGGGCCUAACAGGGACAGUUCCUCCUCAUCUAGGAAACCUGUCGUUCCUGGUAUUUAUCAGUUUCUAUAACAACAGUUUUCACGGAUCUCUGCCCAAUGAGCUCUCCAAGUUACGCCGGAUGAAAACUUUCUGGUUGACAAAAAACUACUUCAGUGGGGAGAUCCCAUCAUGGUUAGGGUCUUUCGCUCGACUUCAACAACUGAGUCUAGGCUUUAACAAGUUUACAGGUGUUAUCCCGGUGUCGUUUUUCAAUCUCUCAAAGCUCAAUUUUUUUGAUUUAUCUUCCAAUAAGCUACAAGGUUAUAUUCCAAAAGCAAUUGGAAAUCUUAAUAGCCUGAGAAUAUUGUCUCUGGAGAAGAAUAAUUUUUCGGGUUCUAUACCUUCUGGUAUUUUCAAUAUUUCUUCACUUCAGGUAAUUGAUUUAAGUGAUAACAGGCUUUCAGGUUCCAUGCCAGCCAUCUUGGAUAACAACACCAUGCCUUCACUUCUGCAACUUGAUUUUGGAUUUAAUAAUCUCACAGGCCAUCUCCCAGCAAAUAUGUUUACACAUCUUCCCAAUUUGGAAGCGUUGUACUUGAGUUGGAACCUAUUUCAUGGUCCAAUUCCUUCCACUUUGAUCAGAUGCAAGCAAUUAAAACAUUUAAUUUUGCCUUACAAUCAUUUUGAAGGAAGCAUAGACAAGGAUAUUGGGAAUUUGACCAUGCUUCAGGAAUUAAAUCUUGAUCUAAAUAAUUUUAAAGGCACUGAAAUUCCAACAUCUAUUGGAAAUCUUUUCUACAUGGAGAGACUAACUCUACACCGUAAUGGUUUAAUUGGUCCCAUACCUUCGAGUUUGGGAAACCUGACUCAGCUAAAGAGACUUAUACUCAGUGAAAAUGGCUUAACAGGUACAAUUCCAAAUGAGAUUGGUAACCUUGCUAACUUAGAAGUUAUAGAUCUUGGAGCUAACAAUCUUACUGGACUCGUUCCCUCUGGUAUCUAUAAUGCUUCAAAGAUGAUGGUGAUAAUAUUGGCUAUUAAUCAACUUUCGGGCCGUCUUCCUUCGAGCUUAGGUCUCCAUCUUCCGAAUCUUGAAGACCUUCUUGUUGUAGAUAAUAACUUCACCGGUCCGAUUCCUGUUUCUCUCUUUAAUGCUUCCGAACUUAGAAUUAUCGACAUGGGUUUGAAUUCAUUCUUUGGCCCUAUUCCUGAUGAGCUUGGUAAUUUAAGAGGCCUAGAGGUUUUCAGUUUCUGGGUAAAUCACCUGACCAUCAAAUCUUCGUCUUCAGGAUUGACCUUGUUCUCUUCUUUGACAAAGUGCAAACAUUUGAGACGUUUUGAUCUGAGUAACAAUCCAUUAAAUGGCAAUCUUCCAAUUUCUGUUGGAAAUCUAUCUUCCUCUCUCGAAGUGGUCGAGAUUUUUGAUUGUGGAAUUACAGGCACCAUUCCUAAAGAAAUUGGCAACUUAAGCAGCUUAAGUUGGUUAGAUUUAGGUGCAAAUGACUUGAGGGGAACCAUUCCUACCACAAUAAGAACAUUAGGGAAGCUCCAAGAAUUAAAACUUCACUAUAAUAGAUUAGAAGGGUCUUUCCACUACGAGUUAUGUGAGUUGCAGAGUUUGGCUUAUUUAUAUUUGGAGGUGAAUGCGCUUUCUGGACAAAUCCCAUCAUGCCUAGGCAAUGUGAAUUCUCUAAGGACUCUCUCCAUGGGAAUGAAUAAAUUUAAUUCCACAAUACCUUCAACUUUGUGGAGGCUUGCAGAUAUCCUGGAACUAAACUUAUCAUCCAAUUCUUUAAGUGGCUCUCUCGCAGUAGAUAUUGGCAAUUUGAAAGCUGUGACACUAAUUGAUUUAUCAGGAAAUCAAUUAUCAGGUCACAUCCCAUCUAGCAUAGGAGGCCUUAAGACUCUAUUAAACCUUUCUUUAGCUGAUAAUAGAUUGGAAGGCUCUAUCCCUCAAUCAUUUGGUGAUGCAAUAAGCUUGCAGUUAUUGGAUUUGUCAAACAAUAGUCUUUCUGGAGAAAUUCCUAAGUCCUUGGAGGAACUCCGGUAUCUCACAUAUUUCAAUGUGUCUUUCAAUGAAUUACAAGGAGAGAUACCAAAUGGAAGAGCUUUUAUAAAUUUAUCAGCUAAAUCAUUUAUGGGGAACAAAGGACUAUGUGGUGCCGCUAAACUUCAAGUUCAGCCCUGUGAAACUAGCACUCAUCAAGGAUCAAAGGCAGCUAGUAAACUUGCAUUGAGGUAUGGUUUGAUGGCGACAGGAUUAACAAUUUUGGCAGUGGCGGCUGUUGCUAUUAUCUUCAUCAGGUCUCGCAAAAGGAACAUGCGGAUAACUGAAGGAUUGUUACCUUUGGCAACAUUGAAAAGAAUUUCAUAUCGAGAGCUUGAACAGGCAACAGAUAAAUUUAACGAGAUGAACUUGCUUGGUAGAGGGAGUUUUGGGUCAGUAUACAAAGGAACUUUUUCAGAUGGGUCGAGUGUUGCAGUAAAAGUUUUCAAUUUGCAGGUAGAAGGAGCAUUCAAGAGUUUUGAUGUCGAGUGUGAAGUAUUGCGCAUGAUUCGGCAUCGAAAUCUUGUCAAAAUAAUAACAAGUUGCAGUGAUAUCAACAUUGAUUUUAAAGCCUUAGUUCUUGAGUUCAUGCCUAAUUAUAGCCUUGAAAAAUGGUUGUGUUCUCCGAAACAUUUCUUGGAACUCCUAGAGAGGUUGAACAUAAUGCUUGAUGUUGCAUCAGCAGUAGAGUACCUUCAUCAUGGUUAUGCAAUGCCAAUAGUUCACUGUGAUUUAAAGCCCAGCAAUAUCCUACUAGACGAGAACAUGGUUGCUCAUGUAACUGACUUUGGCAUUGCAAAACUCCUUGGUGAUGAGCAUUCUUUCAUACAGACCAUCACAUUAGCUACUGUUGGCUACAUGGCACCAGAGUAUGGAUCAGAAGGAGUUGUUUCAACUGGAGGUGACAUAUAUAGUUUUGGUAUUUUGUUAAUGGAAACCUUCACAAGAAAAAAGCCUACAGAUGAUAUGUUUAAUGAGGAAAUAAGCAUGAAGCAAUGGGUUCAAGAGUCAGUACCUGGUGGCGUAACUCAAAUUACAGACCCCGAUUUGCUAAGGAUUGAGGAACAACAUUUUUCUGCUAAGAAGGAUUGCAUAUUAUCUGUCAUGCAAGUGGCCCUUCAGUGUUCUGCAGAUUUACCUGAGGAAAGGCCAAAUAUAAGGGAUGUUCUCAACACUCUCAAUCACACUAAAGUGAAGUUUCUCAAGGAUAUUAAUUAAAUCUGAAAUAAGACCGAAGUAAGGUAAUAUUGCAGUGUUUGGAUUUGCAGCAACAUAGAUGGAAGUGUCUCCUCGGACAAAGCCAAUCUCAAUAACUGGAAUGUCCAGUGUUGAUCAACAUUAUUUAGAUGAGUGUUUCAGGAUUCACAGAUAAUUCAAUAUUGUUCGUGUGAAAAUAAUUAUGACAGUUCUUCCUAAAUACAAUUAAAUUCAUCUUCAUUUCAAA